GCAAAGCCAAGUUUUUAUUCAAAGUUUGGGCACCGGAGUUAAGAUUUAGUUGGGAGGUUUGCUUCAGGCAUCAUUUGCCCAAAGUAUUUGCCAACAGAAUGCAAAGAUACAGCAAAGAUAUCUGGUAUUAUUGUCGGUUCCCCUGUGAUCUUAGCUGCCUUGUCAAUGAAGGCUAAUUUGCAUUGAUUGACAGCCGUGCUACAAGUCCGAAGGCCAAGUAAAGUUCAUCCGUAUCAAACUGCCCUCAAACGCUAACGGCUGGCACGAGAUUUGAAAUUUUGCACAAAAGAUAAACGAGACAACGAGUGGGCCACAACUUAGCACUAGAUUUUCCCCUAGCACGUCGAUGAUAGAAAUAAACCUACAGGACCUCCACAGCGAUUGGUUAUAGGGAAAAACACACACAGUAUGCCGAGGGUUAAAAAAUUUGAACAACAAGCAUUAUUAAGGAGUCCUCCGAACUGGUGGCCAUCCUCACGAGCGAAUGUGAAACUGUGCUGCAAGUCGUUCGCAAACGGUAUCGCAAAGCCGAGACGAGUGUUAAAAAUGACUGGUUAUUCAAAUUGCAUGCUCACGCCGCGUUUUGAUAUAUUCUGAAUUUUUAUGAGCGAGACAGCUGGAUAGAGGCGGAGCAGCCACCUAUCGCGCGAAAUAAAAGAGUUAAGCGUUCUAUAGGCAUAAAUUUGUGAAAACAAACUGCUCCACUUGGAAUGCAAGCAGUAUUGAAGACACACACACUCUGACACAACCUCACUCGAAAUUUACAGCGCGCGCGCUCAAGACACAAGGUCGAACGGUGAAACCAUGGUUCAGUGUACGGGCUGUAACUUACCAAUUUCCGACAAAUACUUGCUGAAGGUUUUGGACUGUAUGUGGCACACAAAAUGUCUCCAAUGUGACGAGUGUAAACUUCAACUUACCGAGAAAUGUUACUCACGAGAGGGCAAGCUCUAUUGCGCUAAGGAUUUUUACAGGCGUUAUGGAACAAGGUGUUCGGGCUGCGAUCAGGGAAUUUUGCCGACAAACUUAGUCCGUCGAGCCAAAGGUAUGGUUUUUCACGUCGAAUGCUUCUGCUGUUCGAUGUGUUUGAAAGAAAUCUCCACUGGCGACGAGCUUUAUCACGUUGGAGGAACUAAAUUCGUAUGCAAGGAAGACUACGAUCUGCAACUACAGGAAAUUGAGAGUUCAGAGUCGCCAGAGAAAACAGAGACGGAGAGCGACGAUGCCCCGAAAGAUGAAGAAGACUCGAUGCUAGACGAAGACGGUGAAAACGGGCCGAACGGCAAACGAAGAGGACCGCGAACCACCAUAAAGGCGAAGCAAUUGGAAAUCCUCAAAGCAGCUUUUGCAGCCACUCCGAAACCGACGCGACACAUGCGGGAGAAACUCGCUCAGGAGACCGGAUUGUCCAUGAGAGUCAUUCAAGUUUGGUUCCAAAACAGGCGUUCAAAAGAACGACGGUUGAACAAUAGCGGUUUGAACGGCUUGCAGAACAGAGGAAAGACUCGGACGCCGAGGAAAGGAUCCGAUAAUCAGGAUCUCCUUGAAGGAAUGGUCGGAGCGUUGUUAGAUCCAAAUUGUGGCUUUUCUACGCAAGAUAUUUUGAACAACGGGGAAUACUACAACAACAGAGGAACGUUUCCACAAUGUGAAGGUGGUCAAUUCGACGUUCACCAGAGAAUAGAAGCCGGGAUUCAAAUGAAUGGUAACAUUCUGUCCGAGAACGGCUAUCCCAACCUUCAUCGAGAAGCGAGCAACCAGAACUAUAUCAAACUACCACAACAUACAACAACACUACACCACACGCCGCUGCCAAAUACGAACCAGGAUUCAAGUUUGUAUCAAAAUAACUCGUAUUCUUAUCAACACCAUGGCUCGAAUCAUUUGCAUAUGAACGGUGUCGCAGCUUUGUGGUGACAAAGGCUGGGAAACACAAAAAAUGUCACGACCAAUAACUCAGCUCAUAUAUUUACGGCCCAGUGUUAAGUGCAUGUUCUCUGUAGCUAAUUCAAUGCGUCUGGCGCCUUCACAACAUCAUACGGAAGCAUAUUAUAGUCGGGAUUUUUUAAGCCAAAUUGGGAAAAUUAUUCCUCGGCGAAAAUUGUGUGAAUUAGUUCGGUGUCAAGCCGACUCGCCUACAGCCUCGUUUUCAUGAGAUUAGCUAAGCAUACAGUCACCGGCAUUGAUUUCUGCACUAUUCCAAUUUUACGGACUGAAAAAUCGUGGGAAACAUCGUAGACUUUUAGUCUCUUAAAAAGACAGACAAACCACGGAUGUUAUUCAGGUCCCUGCAUGGUUUAAUGAACUAGGAAACAUGAUUACAGCCUAAACGUUUUUGCUUUUGUACUUAAAAUAUCUCCGCGUCUAUUCUGGUCCAGACAUCGUGGAGCUUUCAUGUAUAAUUUGCAUCGAAUUUUCGCGAACAAACGUGAUGGAAACUAAAGUGAAUUGUCAAUUAUUAUUAAUUAUAUAUACUGUACAUAAAUAGAUAUGUAUUCUAAUUGAAAGUAUUUGAACGACAAAUACUCGCAAAUAUGUAAAUAAGAGGCUAUGUUAUUGAUAAUAAACUAUAUGAUCGCGUGAAAGUAUAAAUACUGUGGAAAAUAUUAAUUUAGAUGGAGAACCAUAAACCACUUGGCAGACAGCGUCGCGUUACCAUCAAGCACUUCAUCUUAUCAAAAAGAAAAUAAUCAAUUUACUAUAUAUAAGUUCGUCUCGUUCCGUAUGUUUUGCGCAUAUUAUUAUAUAUAGAUUGGUAUAUAUGCAUUAAGUAUUUUUCAAAAAUAAGCCACUCAGAUACGAAGUCAGAAGGCAGACGGCAGAGCCUAGCACAAAAUGACAACAAACGUGUGGCGACAUGGAUAUCGGAAGAUUGAAAGAUAAUUUUGGAUUUGAAAUAAAUUGCUUGAAUCAGCUGUCAAUAUCAGAAAAUCAAAAAUGUGAAUAAUGAAAUAUAAUUUACGAGGUCAUAUGUCGGUAUAUUGCUCUUUCAUUCCGAAAGGGUUUAAGAAUAUAGGACAUGCAGUUUCCUAAGUUAUAUUGCCUGCAUAUAUAUGCAACCAUUACGAUGAUUUUAACAACCUAAGCGACCUAUCAUCUGCAUGGCCUCUUCAUGUUAACAACGGC